AUCAACCUUUUGGAUUUGGAACAUUGUAGGAGUUGGUGGUCAUCGUGUCUCGCGAGUCUCGAAAGCUUGCCAUAACCAACGCACUGAUAGUCUUAUAUUUGGCUAGUUGCUCAUUGUGUGCGUUCCAAGUGCUGGUUCACCGAAAAAUGUAUUUCAUUUGAUGAGUGCCAAUUUGUCAAUGUUUUUAAUGAAAGUGCAAAAGUGGCAUAUCGUGAUAACGACGGAAGUGAUAUGUGUGCUGCGAAAGUGCAGAAAAUCGUACAUUCGUGAAGCGUGAACUCGGAUCAACUAGAAGAGAGGCAAUUUGAUUCGUUGGAUGACCAAGAGUCUGACAAAAUGGGUGGUGUUAGCCGGUUAGUCAUGGCUAUUCUGCUAGUUGCAAUAAUCACCGCGACCAACAGUUCGGUACCGUCCCAAGAAGACCAGUACGUGCAAAUUGUUCUUCCAGAAGAGCCCGAUGUCGAAGAGGAAAGUAACCCGAAUAUUACAGCUGCAUCCGUGGAGCUUAAUUAUUCGGUAGGCUCUACAGUUGGACAGCUAGUAGUUACAGAAACCACCAUUCGAACUACAUUACGUAGAAAACUAUAUACGACUACGCCAACGAUGGACAUUAUCACUAUCAUCUGGUACGUAGCGACGUUGGUAGUACUGAUAUCGUUCUUCGUUGUGAUGGCCUGUGCGGACACUAGCAGAUGUCUCUCGAACAAACCACCAGACGCGGAAACACCUGUGCCACCAACUCCGGCACCUUCAUAUCGCUUGUUUGCUCCACCUACGUAUGAAUCCGUCAUCGAGAAAGGUCCGGAUAGCAUCUUCGUUAUACCAGCGAACUCUAAUGCUGUUGGUCUGCCAACUGGCCAUUCAACGACAGACUUGGUGUCAAAUCUCGAAAACGUGAUACAUCAUGUUAGCGGAUCGGAUAGUGUCAGAAGCGAAAGUACAAAUUCGCCUGUGCGUGUUAGGAGUUCUGAAAAUCAACUUACAGUUCCAGUUGUUAGGUCAAGCUAGUAUAAAGUGACUAUGAAAUCUCAAUGACGGUAACAAAGUUGUUGCAAGCCUAGCCGAGUACAUGAUGUCGGUUAAGUGUCUGGUGCAGCAAUUACGCGGGUGGCGACAAAUUGAUUUCGUUAUUCGAACCGACGAUGAUUCGAUAUCAUUGCCGUCACUGCAUGAUCGUCAGAAGUGAAAACGUAACCGCAAUGUAAUUCUACAACGCAUCACUACCAAUCGCAUUCUUGUGCUUAUGCUAGACGAAACGACGUAAAGCUGAUAAUGAACGAUAAUUUACUUCGCCGUUAGUAUUUAUUAGCGAGGCGCAAAUCUGAAGCCAACAAAUAGAACGUAUAUAGGACUAGUUAUUUUACAGUGUGAGCCAAAGUCAAUGAAUAUUGUAUUAUACUUGUUAAUUAGUUUACGAUGCAUAUCGCCAUGACUGAGAAUGACGUGAAGACGAUGUGGCUUCAUUAGUUUCUUAAGGCGAACAACUGAUGCAAUAAAAAUGUAAAGUGAACGAAAAAUAUGUCGUGAUAUUUAUCCCGGAUACGAUUCGAGAACAUUAAUUUUUUGAUAAAUUCUCCACCCUAGUGAUGGUAGAUAACGUCAUUCGAUUAGCAAAUUUCUCCCGUUUAAGAUAUAGGUGACUGAAUAAAUGCUCCGAAAAUACUCAAAGUGUUAUUUCUAUACUUUCUACAUACAUGGUAAUUGAGACUUUACCUUUUUCAUGCACAACUUUGUAAUACGCAUAGGGAUAAAAACUAUUUUGCCUUAAUAGUGUUUGGGUAAAUACGAAAAACCUGGUUUGAUUAAGAUAGAUGCUUCUCGCGCAGUACUAGAUGCUGCUCAACUUUUACUUUCCUAUGCUAAUACAAUCAUUCUAGAAUAUUUACAAUUGUCCAAAUGCAAGAAAAAGUAGCCGAAGACAGUCUAGAAUAAAGUGACCAGACGGGUUAAGCCAAAAGUCCCGAAAUUUCGAAAUCUUGUCCCGCAUGGUAAAACGACUUAGAAAGUGUCCCGCAUUUGAGAAAAUGCAGAUUUUUGUUCGAAAAUACUCAUAUUAUACAUUUAUACUGUAAAAAUCACUCAUAAAUAUUUUUAGUCGAACUGCCUAAUCCCCCAACUACGUGAGGAAUGCUCAAAUUGAGCUAAUCUGCUCUUAUUGUCACGGUGCCCUUUUCGACUUCUAAUAUGACUCAGGUCAUGAAUCCGAAAGUUUCUCAUUUUUACACAAAUUGUGCAAAUAUUUGAGAAACGUUCAUCGUUAUUAAGUUUCUUGAGCACGUCUCGCAUUCGUCCUGAAAAAUCUGGUCACUUUAGUCUAGAACGAUAGGUUUUGUCAGUUUUCAAAAAUGUUUUAAGCCAACUGAGAAAUUACAUAAGGAAUUCGUUAUCUGGAAGGAGAUGGCUGUGUAGGAAGGACCCAUAUAUUGAAGUACAAGAUCGAAAUCAUGGAGAGCCAGAAGCCCAAAAAACCCUGGGGAUGGAAAAAUAGAUUGCAAUAACAGUACAUCUUUGGUUUUUACAAGAUAUUUUGGAUGGCUGCUUAUAAUUGAGUUGUUUAUGUUCAAGGGAAAAAGUUCGAUGAGCUUUGAUUCCUCUUUUUGUAGUUCCGGUACAAGAAGAAUGUAGAGUAGUUUUUCAUCGUUGGCUGCUAUCUUGGGAGUAACGUAUGUGAUAGCCUCAUUCGGUAGGUUGAAAUUCACUCCUUGGUCUUCUAAUAGUUUCUUGAUCAUAUUGAUUUCGUUAGGGGUAAGUAUUUUGUUGCUGGUCACUGCAAUUUUCUAUAACGUUAUUGCUUCUUGUAUCUCUUCUAGAAUUUUGCUUAUAGUUUCGAUGUUGAUAGUAGUGAGGGUGUCUAUUUCAUCCAUAAUACGUUCAUUGGUUUGCUUGUCUUCUAUAAUUUUUCUUACUUCGUUUGUAAGGGUUUUGAUUCUUUGUCCCAGUUGUUGGUUGACUCUGUAUUGUAUGUUGUUGUUGUCAAUCAGCUCGUUCAUGGUAUUGUUUAUUACGUGGAGAUCCUGCGCAUCUGGGCUUCCACCAAUCCAUUUCCAAACGGAUCCUAUGAUGUCGACGCUUCUAGCAUGGCGAUGGUUACGCGGCCUAAUCUAUUUAUAAUUUGAAUUGAGAGAUUUUAUUUUGUGUUUAACUAUAUUGGAUAGAGGAUUAUUAAUUUAGUA